AUGGCUAUCCCAGAGGAGGUCGAUAUUAUCAUCUGCGGCGGCGGCAGUUCGGGGUGUGUCCCCGCGGGCCGCCUCGCGAACCUCGAUCACAACCUUUCCGUUUUGUUGAUCGAGGCAGGCGAGGACAAUUUGAACAACCAAUGGGUCUACCGUCCUGGUAUCUACCCAAACAACAUGAAGCUCGACUCCAAGACCGCAUCAUUCUAUCACUCGAGACCAUCCGAACAUUUGGACGGCCGCCAGGCUAUUGUUCCAUGCGCUAAUAUCCUCGGAGGGGGUAGCUCGAUCAACUUCAUGAUGUAUACCAGAGCCUCAGCAUCCGACUAUGAUGAUUUCCAGGCAAAAGGCUGGACCACCAAAGAGCUUCUUCCAUUGAUGAGAAAGCACGAGACAUACCAACGUGCCAGCAACAAUCCAGAGCUGCAUGGGCACGAUGGUCCUAUCAAGGUUUCAUUCGGCAACUAUACCUACCCGAUCAAGAAUGAUUUCCUUCGUGCCGUCGAGACCCAGGGAAUUCCCUUCACGGAUGAUUUGCAAGAUCUCAAGACCGGCCAUGGUGCGGAACACUGGUUGAAGUGGAUCAAUCGUGACACCGGACGACGAAGUGAUGCGGCUCACGCCUAUGUCCACAGCACUCGAGCCAAACACAGCAACCUCCACCUCCAAUGCAACACCAAGGUGGAGAAGAUCAUUGUUGAGAAUGGUCGAGCUGUGGGUGUCGUCACAGUCCCGACUAAGCCUCUCAAUGGUGGUGAACCGGUUCGUCGUAUCUUCCGGGCCAGAAAGCAGAUUAUCCUGAGCGCUGGUACCAUGAGCUCCCCACUCGUCCUCCAGCGCUCUGGCUUUGGUGACCCCGAGAAGCUGCGCCGGGCUGGUGUGAAGCCUUUGGUCAACCUGCCAGGUGUAGGCCGCAACUUCCAAGAUCACUACCUGACCUUCUCCGUGUAUCGUGCCAAGCCCGAUGUCGAAUCUUUCGAUGACUUCAUUCGCGGCGAUCCAAAGGUCCAGAAGAAGGUGUUUGAGGAGUGGGACAAGAAGGGCACUGGCCCGUUGGCUACCAACGGCAUUGACGCUGGAGUCAAGAUCCGACCCACUGAGCAAGAGCUCGGUGAAAUGAAGAAGUGGCCUACUCCAGACUUCACUGAAGGUUACGAAUCGUACUUCAGAAACAAGCCUGACAAGCCAGUCAUGCACUACUCGAUUAUCUCUGGCUGGUUCGGAGACCACAUGCACAUGCCUCCGGGCAAGUUUUUCACCAUGUUCCACUUCCUGGAAUACCCAUUCUCACGUGGAUUUACUCACAUCCAAUCAGCCGAUCCCUAUGAAGUCCCUGACUUUGAUGCUGGUUUCAUGAAUGACAAGCGUGACAUGGCCCCCAUGGUUUGGGGAUACAUCAAGUCUCGCGAGACUGCCCGCCGCAUGGGAUCAUACGCUGGUGAAGUUACUGCGAUGCACCCCCAAUUCGCCUUCAACUCAUCGGCACGGGCGCAAGACAUGGACCUGGCUACGACUAAGGCAUAUGCCGGUACCAACCACAUCUCCGCUGGAAUUCAACACGGCUCUUGGACCAGUCCUUUGGAGCCCGGAAAGCAAUCCGGGCCUUCGAUCCUCAACUCCAACAAGCAUGAAGCCCGGGCUUCCCUGGAGUACAGCGAGGACGACAUCAAGCACAUUGAGAAGUGGAUCUCUCGUCACGUCGAAACAACUUGGCAUUGUCUUGGUACAUGCAGCAUGGCACCACGCGAAGGCAACUCCAUCGCACCCCACGGAGGUGUCGUGGACGAGCGUCUCAAUGUUCACGGUGUCAAGGGCCUCAAGGUUUGCGACUUGUCUAUCUGCCCUGACAACGUGGGCUGCAACACUUUCAGCACUGCUCUCCUUAUUGGUGAGAAGUGCGCAAUGCUGGUUGCGGAGGAUCUUGGUUAUUCCGGUUCUGAUCUGGACAUGAAGGUUCCAACUUACCACGCCCCAGCUGAAUUUUCCAACCUCUCCCGCCUUUGA